CCCAUCUGAGGGUCCAGUCUUCCAGAGACCAGCAGUGUCUCCAGUCUUCCAGAGACCAGCAGUGUCUCCAGUCUUCCAGAGACCAGCAGUGUCCCCAGUCUUCCAGAGACCAACAGUGUCUCCAGUCUUCCAGAGAGAUCAUUCCUCCUUCUUCUUCUUCGCUGCUGACUCGGUGACCCUGCAGCAGGAUGUCUUCUACCCCAGAGCUGCCCACCCUCCUCUUCACCGCUCUGCCCUCCUUCCCCUCGGCAACGCCAGGAUUCCCGACCGUGGAGCUCAACGCCACCUCCUGUACGGAGUGGGAGCAGACCCACCACCUCCUCUUCCACAUGGGGAGCCUGUCGCUGCUGCUGGGUCUGGUCAUCCCCACCACGCUGGGCCUGCACAUGAUCCUGCUGCGCCUCCUCCUGAUGACAGGAUGUGGUCUCUUCAUCCUCUGGGCGACUCUGUACAGGUGCAACCUGGAUGUGAUGGUUUGGAACGUGGUAUUUCUGGUGGUCAACUUCAUGCACUUGUUCUUCCUCGUGUACAAGCGCAGGCCGAUUAAGAUCGACAGGGAGCUGCGGUCGGUCUACAAGCGGAUGUUCGAGCCCCUCCAUGUGAAGGAAGCUCUGUUUCAGAGGCUCACGGGACAGUUCUGCACCAUCCAGACGGUGAAGAAAGGCCAGGCCUACGCUGCAGAGGACAAGACCUCCGUGGACGAACGCCUCAGCAUUCUCCUCAAAGGAAAGAUGAAGGUAUCAUACCGAAGCCAUUUCCUCCACAACAUCUACACUAAUGCAUUCAUCGACUCUCCGGAGUUCAGGUCCACUGAGCUGCACAAAGGAGAGAAGUUCCAGGUGACCAUCAUGGCAGAGGAGAACUGUAAGUUCCUGUGUUGGUCUCGAGAGAGGCUCACCUACUUCCUGGAGUCAGACACUUUCCUCAAUGAGGUGUUCAGGUACCUCAUCGGCAAAGACAUCACCAACAAACUGUACUCUCUGAAUGACCCCACACUCAGUGACAAGGCGGUGAAGAAGAUGGACCGUCAGCCCAGCCUGUGCUCUCAGCUGUCUAUGAUGCAGAUGAGGAACAGCAUGGCGAGCACCAGCGACACUGAUGAUGUCCUGAACCAGAUCCUACAAAGAGGAUCUGCUGGAUCAUCGAUCCAAAAAUCCCCUGGCACCAAGACCUCCGCGAAGAUGAAGCCCAUAGAAGAAGGGAUGGAGGAUGACGUUUUCGAAGAAUCUGCUCCCUCCAAGUCUCGCCGUAUGCCCACUAAGGAAGUGUAGCCAGCAGGGGGAACAUACACAAGAUCAAAUGCAUAUUAUCCAUAUAUCCAUAUAAUGUACUGUCUGUUUCUGAGUCUGAUGGAUAAACCAGCAGGCCGAGAGACAUUAUCGGCCUGCUGGCAACAAAUGUCAGUAGAGAAAUGUCAAAGAUCUGUUUGUGGUCAUUUAGAAACUGUGUCUCUAUUAUAUUCUGUAGUUUGUUCACCAGAGAGCACUGGCAAGUUUAUUUUUUGCACUGUAAAAUGUUCACAUCUUG